AGUUUUGCGUAAGCACAUACACCCGCAGUCUCAAUAACUAAUAAUGAACGGAGAAAUUGAUGACAAACAGUGUAGUAUUGAUAUACUUACUAACGAUGGUAACUAUUAGUUUCAAAGAGAAAAUCAGACUUGAAUAAGUCUACACUCGGCUGAUUUAUACUUACAUUUAGGGUAAAAGAGCGAUAAUAUGUGAUUUUCAAUACAGAUGAUUAUAAGAAGUUUUUCGAAUCAAAUUUCGAUGCGAAAAUAUAUACUACAAGCAUUAUGCAGGGAAUGUCAAUUGCUAAUCAACUGAAAAAGAUCAGUGACGGUUUAGAUUUAUUAGAUAAAGAAUUACAUAACCAGAUUGUAACACACCACGAAGAUCUUCUAUCCCAAGCAACAGGAGUUGAAACGCUGGAAGGAGUUUUGCAAAUUAUGCAAAAUAGAAUAGAAUCAUUGAUGACUUCUUUAGAAAGAAUAAAGGCACGCGUUACCGAACCUUAUGAGAAAAUUGUAAAAAGAACUAAACAAUUAAAAAGAUUACAGGAGGCAUGCGACCUAUUACGUCGAAUAAUUCGUCUCCUAUAUCUAUCAAAACGCUUAAAAAUUCAAUUGGAAGGCGGAGCUCGAGAAAUAGCAAAAUCUGCGCAGUCUUUAGCCGAAUUAGAUUAUUUAAUGGAGGGUCAAGACCUGAGUGGAAUCGAUAUCAUUGAACAAGAUCGUAGGUUUAUUAGACAGGCAAGAAAGGAGGUUGAAACGCAUGCUCAAUCGAUGCUUGCCCAAGGAAUAGAGAAUAAGAAUCAGAGUUCCGUAUCUACAGCCUUACAAGUGUUCUAUCACUUAGAUAUGCUAAAAACUAUCGUCAAUCAGUCUGUUUUAAAUUGUAUAAAAUGCUUAAAAGAUCAUAUUGGACAAUGUGUCAAUGUUCAACAUUUAAUGUCUAGUAUGAAACAAACAGCUCCAGCUGCCCCAGGAAGAAGUGCUCUACCAACAAACACUGCAGCCUUUCGUGCUGCAUUAUGGACAAAUAUGGAGAAAGUAAUGGAUUCUAUUUACAAUUCUUGCGCCCAAAUGCAGCAUCUUAAUAAAGUUAUAGCUAAAAAGAAAGAUCCUGUUUCUCAUACAAAAUUCUCUGAUAUACUUGAAAAUGACAUUUUGGAUGAGUUUUGGUCUAGUACUUCGUAUUCCCUAACUACAGUCUUUUCAGCAGCUGUUGAAGAAAAUACAUAUGUUAAACAAGCUUUGGAGGGAGAAUAUCCAAAGUUAAUAAGGCUCUUUAAUGAUUUAUGGAGACGAUUAGGACAUUUAUUUGAAGACGAAACGGUUGAAGAUACACAAAGGUACGAAAACCAGUUAAGGAACAGCAUAUCUCUACUGGAGGAAGCCUAUUUAUCGAAAUCUUUAUCACGUUUAUUUGAUGUUGUUAAUAUGGCUUUGAGUUCUGGAAAUUCUAAUCCUCCAUCUAUAAAUGAUAUAGAAGCUAUACUAAAAGUUUUUGUUAGCGAGUUAAAUUUUGCUAAAGUCGAUAGCGAUUUGAUGUACUCAGUGGCUUCAAAUGUAUCUAAGACUUUGAAUCUCUUUGCCGUCAAAUGUGAGCAAAUAUCGUCGACUGACGGCGAAGCUUCUCAAGUUAUAUCUCCACCCACGCAAGGCCAAACUAGAAAUGCCCAAAUAGUCAAUGUACUUUAUAGGUUAUUCGAUGGAGGCUCCAAAAUUAUUGAUUCAUUAGAAAAUGUUGAAGAUAGAGUUGUCAAUAAUCUAAAAUCUAGUUUAAACUCCUUAACGAAUUGCAUGAAACAAACGAUAUGUCCACUAUUCACUUCAAUUUCCGAAGCUCUCGAAGCAAUCAUUGCAACUCUCCAUAAUGAAGACUUUUCAUCUUCGGAUCAUUCUGACGGUUCUAAUUGUUCUUUAUAUAUGAAGGAGUUAGGAGAUUUCAUUCAAAGAGUUGACCAGUCAUAUCUGGUACAGUUUGAUUGUCGUUCAGACUGGCUUGAUGAAGAAUGCGUCCUACCGUUAGCCUCUCGAUGCAUUCAAUUAUUUAUUCGACACGUCUGCCUAACAAGACCAGUUGGUGAAGGAGGUCGUCUUCGUUUGGCUGCUGAUUGCGCUGAGCUUGAAAGAGCUGUUCAACCUUUGUGCAAGCCCUCAUUUCUUGGUUCUACGUAUAAAAGCCUCAGAGCCUUGCGCCCUCUGCUAUUUAUGACUCCUGAAAAUCUCAUUACUGCACCAUCUCUAGGAGAAGCAAUUCCGUACUCUUUCGCUAUUCAUCUCCUAUUGGCCAGGGCUCCAUCAUCAAUACCAAGCCCAUAUAGUCUAAACAAUUGGUCAAUGAACAAAUAUAGUGAUUGGUUAAAUAAACAUUCCGAAAAGGAAAGGCUGGCUCUGUUACAAGUAGCUCUGCAAACAUAUGUCAGCAACGUUCAAAAAAGGGGUGAAAAGGAAUACGACGUCAUAUAUCCAUUCCUGUUUCAACUAUUACAAGACGCUCAAGCCACCUUCUGUUCCAACAAUGGUAGAGAAAAUUCCAUUUUGGCAAAGAUAAAGUUUGAUGCCGUUAAUAGUGAAGGAAUAAAAUUUACCUAUUCCGCUUUAAGUCCUAUUAUCUUUAUUGGGGGGGUACCGAGGUCUGGAACAACCUUAAUGAGAGUAAUACUAGACGCCCAUCCUAAUAUACGAUGCGGUGAAGAAACUCGAAUAAUACCACGUAUAUUAAAUAUAUUUGGACCUUUAAAAACAUUUUCUUUCGAGGAUUUAAAAAAUGUCUAUAACAUCGGAUUAACGGGGAAUAUACUCGAAAGAGCUGUGACAACUUUUAUAUUAGAAAUAAUUGUUAGACACGGCGAACCAUCAGCGAAUCUUUGCAACAAAGAUCCUUUUACUUUAAAAUCUUCAGUUUAUUUAUCAAAUUUAUUUCCAAACUCUAAAUUUAUCCUUAUGGUAAGGGAUGGAAGAGCAGUUGUUCAUUCUUUAAUUAAUAGGUAUAUUACAGUAUCCGGAUUUAAUUUAAGCGAUUAUAGUCAGUGUUUAUCGGCAUGGAAUUCUAUUAUAAAAUCUAUGAUUACGCAAUGUGAAGAUAUUGGAUCUGGUAGAUGUUUAAUAGUUCGUUACGAAAAUUUAAUUCUACAACAGGAAAGUACUUUACGAAAGGUUAUGGAAUUCUUACAAGUGGAAUGGAGUGAAAAUACGCUAAAUCACGAAAAGUUUGUUGGAAAGAAAAGAGGUAUAUCUCUGUCAAAAGUGGAACGUUCAUCGUCACAAGUAAUUCAACCAGUAAAUUUAAACGCUCUUUAUAAUUGGACAAAAGAUUUUCCGAAGGAUUUACAAAAGAGGGGAAAAUUAAUUGCGCCAAUGCUUCAGACAUUAGGUUAUAAACCUGAUCACUUUCCACCGUUUUAUGGAAAACCGAAUGAUAAUGUUAUUGUAAAGACCAGAGAAAUUCAUCUGGAAGCAAAUUACUGGAAAAAACUGGCGGAUUCUUACAUAAAAUGA